AUGGCACACUCAACAAGACCAUCCGCUUCCCGAACACACACUGCUCCUUCACUUGCUCUAUCUCCAAGAACGAGCUCCGAGAAAACACUGAGAAGAAGACCAACCACUCGACCUACCACUCUACACAGAAGGACCACACCGCAAGUUAUUACCAAGGCUGCCAGAAGUAGGGAGAGAGAAAGUCAAUACGUGGAGAAAGAUAAUGGGGAGAGCUUUCCACAGUUCUGUAUGACUUGCGAAAAGCAAUUUACACCACCCAACAAUACCUUUCUUUAUUGCUCUGAACAAUGUCGUGUUCAUGAUCAAGCGCCAACAUAUACUUCUCGAUCGAACCCAUAUGCAACUGCACCAAACUCUCCACCAUUGACCCCAUUCUUGUCAAGUGCAACUUUAUACUCCCCGGAAGAACCUCGAGAUAUUGUACCACGACUCUCCCCUACACAAUCUAGACCUCGAUCAUACUUCAACUCAUCACCAUAUCCAACCGAUUUCUCCGUCGCAUACCACGUACCCUCCUCAUCCCUCCCAGCAUCGCACUUCUAUACUUCGUCCCAGGCCGAUACACAUUCAUCGAGUGCCUUGGAAAGCUUGAGAGAGUUAGCUACGGCGCUACCCCGAACACAUCAAUCCCACGAACCAGAAUCUCCACCCACGACUACACUCUCGAGGACAUCUUCUCAAGUCUGGAACUAUAUGCCAUUCACAACCAAAACCACAACACCUACACCCCUCGCUACACCUGGAAACUCAUACUCGAACACCGGCAGCAGCUAUUCCGCUCGUCGAAGCCGAGAAGAUUUAUAUGCUUUCGGGGCUGGCCAAACAUUUACUAGCACCGGGGGUAUGGGUAUGGAUCGUCCCUUACCACCUCGAAGUGGUCCAGGUGGUUACGGACAUCGACCUAGAAGCAUCGAUCUGGUUACACCAUUUACACCUGGUGUCUAA